ACAUUGAUUUGAAGAUUUCAAAUUUAAAUAUGCGGAUCCUUGAAAAUGGUACCAAAUAUUUCAAAAAAUUGACAUUUUAUUAUGUUUUAUGUGUUAUUUGAAUAAUUUGUUCAGGUGAGGGGAGGGGAGGUGGUAUCUCCCUAUCUUCCGUAUAUAAACCCUCCAAGCCAAACUCUAACUUUCAUACUGCUUUUCUCUCGAACGCAGCCCUUGUCUUUAUUUUAAUUACUUCUUGUCAUUUUGCCAUAUUAGACUAGCGAAUGGCCAGUGAACCACUCCUAGUUUCACCAAAAAGCCUCAAGACUAUUUUAGGAGAACCAAGGUUAAGAUCAAGCAAGAGGAAUACAGCCAUUCUAAAAGAUGGCUUAACCACCAUCAUUCACUCCACCAUUCUUAAAAACCAAGAAUCCAACGAACCCUUUUAUGUGCUCGAUUUGGGCGCUGUCAUCAGCCUCAUGGACAAGUGGAUUCGGACCCUACCUACCGUUCGACCUUUCUACGCUGUCAAGUGCAAUCCCCAGCCGGCUUUCCUAGAUACCAUGGCAGCGCUUGGCUCGGGCUUUGACUGCGCGAGUCGGGUUGAGAUCGAAUCCGUUUUGGCCCUUGGAGUUUCUCCGGACCGUAUCAUUUUUGCGAAUCCUUGUAAAUCAGAAUCUCAUAUUAAGUACGCCGCCAGCGUUGGUGUUAACCUAACAACUUUCGAUUCCAAGGACGAAAUCGAAAAGAUACGAAAGUGGCACCCCAAAUGUGCUCUUUUGAUCCGAAUCAAAGCUCCGGAUGACGGUGGAGCCAGGUGCCCGUUGGGUCCCAAGUACGGGGCUCUCCCUGAGGAAGUCACACCUCUUCUACAAGCAGCUCAGGCUGCUCAGCUCUCUGUAACCGGCGUCUCAUUCCAUGUGGGAAGUGGAGCCACAAAUUCGCUUGUAUACAAAGGAGCCGUAGAGGCCGCCAAGCUCGUAUUCAAAAAGGCGACUCAGCUUGGCAUGCCUAGAAUGAAUGUGUUGAACAUCGGCGGCGGCUUUACUUCUGGCCAACAAUUUGAACAAGCGGCUCCAGCGGUAAAAGCAGCUAUUCAGACUUACUUCUCGGAUGAACCCGGGUUGAGCGUCCUUGCGGAGCCAGGCCGAUAUUUCGCGGAGUCGGCUUUCACAUUAGCCGCCAACAUUAUAGGGAAGCGCGUUAGAGGGGAGCUUAGAGAGUAUUGGAUCAACGACGGGAUUUACGGGUCCAUGAACUGUAUACUCUACGAUCAUGCAGUCAUGAAAUGCGAGGCCCUCGCAUGCGCGUCCAACGGUUCGAACCCCACGUGCAAAGGAGCCAAAAGGUACAGUUCAACGGUGUUCGGGCCCACGUGCGAUGCGCUUGAUACUGUUUUGACCGGCUACCUGCUACCUGAACUGGAGGUCAACGAUUGGCUUGUGUUCCCCAACAUGGGUGCCUAUACAGCGGCUGCUGGUUCCAAUUUUAAUGGGUUCAAUACAGCUUCCAUUUUGACGUACCUCGCCUACUAAAUCCAAAUUAACCUCUAUUUACUACUCAUUCUCACUGAGGGAAGGGCCAAGGGACUAUCUUCUUCUAACUCUAUCUCCCGAAUAUAUAUAUAUAUAUAUAUAUAUCUAAUGAACCAAUGUCUCUAGCAUAUACCAGUAGUUCAUAGCCUGCAAUAUGUACUUUGUCUCAUAUUUUAUAUGGUUAAAUCGAACUUCUUUGAUAA